CACUGCUUCAUUCUCUGUCACUGAGAGACCUCUCUGAUUUGUGGAUUACUGGAUGGAAAAUGUCAGACACAGUCAAACCUUUGACUUCCUUCUUCAUAGAGGACAUCCUCUCCACUAAGGACGGCACCAGAUUCAACAGUGAAAGCUGCUCACAGAAGGUGGAAAGAUGGAAAGAAGAACCAGAAAUGUUGUCCGAGCAGAUCUGCAUGCAGGAGGCAGCGUGUGGAAGGCAGACAGAGUCUCUGGACACCUCCUGUCCCAGCUCCUCAGACUCCAGUAUCUGCUCCUCUGGGAAACAGAAGCGCUCCAGAGCUGCGUUCACACACAUCCAAGUGCUGGAACUGGAGAAGAAGUUUAACCAUCAGAAAUACCUGUCCGCCCCAGAGAGGGCUCACCUGGCCAGCACCUUAAGACUGACAGAGACUCAGGUGAAAAUCUGGUUUCAGAACCGCAGGUACAAGACAAAACGAAAGCAGCAAAACUCUGAGUUCUGUAAGGACAUUUACAUAGCAGAGGGACUGAACCUGAGGGAGGAUUUGGUCCGAUCAUCACUGAUCACCUCAUUCUGCAAAGCUUAUCAAUACAGACCUUACCUGUGGGACUAUGGUGGCCCCUGGGGGCCAACAUUAUGGUGAAACUGUAAUCAAGGUUUAUAAUCAUAAAACUGUGUUGUUGUUUUUUAUCCCUGAUAUGGGUUCUACGUUGAUUUUCAAUGUUGAUACUUUGCUAUUUGACAUGAUUAUGAAACCAUGUGUUACCCUGACCUGUCUGCUAUCUGUAUCAUGAUUCUGUUUAUGAACACAUCCUAUAACUUUGAAUGCCUUAAGAAACAACAUUGCGCACAUAAAUAUUUGAUCACUGAAGUCAGUUGAAGUAUUUUGCAUUAAUUCACAAUCAAAACAGUGUUUAUAUCUUUUUACAAAUCUGUGUUGGAAAAUACAAAGUUUGACAUAACUUUAAGUACGGCACAAGUUCAACUUUAGUCUAUUUGUCACUUAUCAGAUCAUAUUUUUUUGUUGUGAAGACUGGAGACCGAAAAAAUAAAUAAAAAAAUGAAGUAGGAAAAAAUACCUAAUUCAAAUUUAAGUACCGUUUUACCGUGUUUAGAGCACUCUAUCUAAGUAACAAGUAGUUACCAAGGGGGACUUGGGUAUAUAAAACACAAAAUAAUUUAAACAAACACUCUUAAACUGCUUCAAUCUUUUUUGUCGACAUUGAUGCUAUCUGAGUGGAGCUACACUCUGAGCAAAGCUACAUGAAAACAUAAGAGGAGACAGAGAUGUGGGUGAUAUUUGCAAUGAGGGCCAAAGAAUGAGAUCUGAUUUCUUUAAAGAGUCUUUGACCUGAUUACAAAAAGAUAAACGGCUCUUCAGCUUUCAGGCGUUGACAUCACGAGGUCAGCUGCACACAGAAUACAUUUAAGGAGAUUUACUCUUACAUUGACUCAUUGUGGUAAUGUAACAAAUAAGAUAAACAGACGCUGAAGGGAAGGGUAGUUGACAUGUUUUAGGCCAAGAAGAAUGGGAAGAAGUAGUAAAAGAUAAUGAAAGAAGAAACCAUCCCAUCGUAAGAAAACUCUGACUGAGGCCACAACGAUUCAUAAAAUGAAUCUCAGAAGAAACAGUAUGAAUACAUAUUGUCAGGAAGGGUCAAAUUUAUUGGGCGACUACCACUAUGGGCAUCGUGUCAGGAUGCAUGAAUCCAGCCAGGAAACUUCUGUUAAGGUUUUACUUGGGUGAAAGAGUGCAACCAACAACCAAUCAGGGGAGAGCAGAGGAGAAACCAGGAAGUGAACUAAAGGAACUGAGGUAGGUGAAGAAGGGAAGAGAUAACAAAGUAGUGAUCUUUGCUACACAGAUUGUUGAUUUUUGUUUAUCGCUUUUAUCUGCAUGGUGCUGGCAUUUAACCUUUAGCUCAAAAGGUAUCCUUCAACAACGUGCAGGUGUCUGUCAGUAUGAGGCAGGUUAUGUCCUUUGCAAAUGUAGAUAUUAAUGGAAUGCUCUUUGUUCUCUUUGAGUGUACAGAUAUUAUCCAUGCUUAAUGUAGGAUGUCAUGUUCUUUUGGUAUGUGCAACCUGUACAGUAAGUAUGUUAACCUCCAUGACCUACGUCAGCAGGCUGAACCUUCUGGUUGAUUCUGUCUGUGCUGUAUUCUUAUUCAAAUUGAAAGCUUGACGUCUUGCUGACAUGAGUAAAA